GGCUGUCACAACAAGGAAGUGCCCGUGUCCACGGUGAGGAUGGCGCUCCGAGCAGCUGGGAAUCGUGUGUGGCGCAUGAACGUGAGCUGUUUCAAGGUAAAACCAUGUCAACAAAGAUAAUCAACAGCAGUUUGACGUUUUUUUUUUUUUUUUUUAAGAAAACGUGUUACUCUGACCGGAAUUGCUUCUUAGAGUCGCUUUCUCUUACGUUGUGAAAGCUUACCUUAAACGGAAGCACAUUCAAAUGUUGUCCCUUGAUUUAACUUUAUAAUAGUGCAUACUUAGGGAUGUAAACGAAGUGAUUUUUGCGAUCAAGUUUUCCUGAUAGGACAGUUUGGAGAGUUAUACCAUUUUAAAACUUGAAUGAUGUAGUACCUCGUUUUACCACGCAGGGGCUCUCUUGGAUCAGAUAUAAAUUUGCCUAUCUGCGAGGAUAACAGUUUUUUGUUUCUGUUUUUCCUCCUUUAUUUUAGACUUUUUACAUUCAAUCACCUGCAACAGUCAGACUCAAAAGUUCCUGUCCAGUUGAAGUCAGCCAUCUGGAUCAUUUGGUUCUAACAGUGAAAAAUGUGCAAAACACUGUCAACUUUUACUCCUCUGUCCUUGGCAUGGAGGUCAUCACUUUUAAGGUAUGCAAGCUGCUCUGCACAAAAAAUAGCAUCGUUUUGUGUUAUUUUUAUAUUUUAUUUUUGUUGUUGGGAAAAAUAUCUAUCUGAAGGGGUCAAGUAAUGGCUGUUUUUACAGUUAUUUCUGUGGUGUUUGUCUGUACUAUUGUCAGUGGACAUAAAUUAUCUUCAAAGGGCUCUGAGGAUGUUUAACCCUCCAUUACAGUAAGUUACAGAGAUCAACCACUAGAUGACAGGCUUCCAUUUUAAAAUAACAGUGGCCCUCACUACUUACUGAAUUGUCAGGAGCUUUCAGACACUUUUUUGGUGAACACACGUUUACUCUUUGCAUUUUUAAGGGGAACCGUAAGGCUCUGGGCUUUGGGCAGCAGAAGUUUAAUCUUCAUCAGCGGGGUCAGGAGUUUGAACCAAAAGCCAAACGUCCCACCUCGGGCUCUGCAGACCUAUGUCUCAUCACUAAAACACCUCUGGCUACUGUAGCUGCACAUCUAAAGGUCUCUCUAAACUACUCCCUUUGAAUUUUGAUGCAAAUGAUCAUCUUGGAAGUGGUUUAUCUUAAAAGGAGGCUUGUAUGUCACAUUUUGUUGCUACCAAAAUGCUUUUUGUUUAUUUUGUUAAUCUUUUGUCUGUUCUCAUCCCUAGGUCUGUGGGAUUGAGAUAGAGGAGGGUCCGGUGGAAAGGACUGGAGCUGUGGGGGUCAUUACUUCUCUUUACUUCAGAGAUCCAGAUGAAAAUCUUAUUGAAGUGUCAAACUAUAAUGAAUCUACAUCAGGAGAUUCUUCUUAAAGGCUCUUUGGCCUUGUUUGUGAUCAACAUAGUUGCACUGACUUUUUUUGGUUGUCCAGCUCUGCAUGAUUACAGUUCAAAAACAUGUUCAGAGCAAAUGUACUGGAACCAAAAGUACACUAUUUUCAGCCUGGGAGUGAUUACAUCAGAUGGCUGAACAGAUAAGCGGUUCUCGUGCAGUUCUGCUGACCAUCGGUUGCUAUUUGACUCGUGUGUAAAACUUGCUGUUGUAGCCACUCAAAUCAAGAUUAAAAGAGAAAAACACAGUCCUAAAGGUGUUAAGUUUCUUCACUCAAUAAGUAUUCUCCUUGUACUUUUCUUUAACAAAAAAAGUUACGACUUAAAUCAAUCAUUGUUAUUUCUACUGAAAUAAAAGGCCAUUACAUUGUCUACUGCUCUUAGACUUCUUUUUUUACGUAAUGCAAAUAACUUUUUAGAUUGUUACUACAUACCGUUGUGCCAUUGUAACAGUGUUAUCAAUGUGGUUGCCUUGAGUUUAUUGUAGUUUAAUGGCAGUAUUUAAAAUGAAUUAUAAAUCUUGGACCUUUUGAAAAUGAUGUCAGAUAAAACUCUGCUACAAUUUUGGCUAAAUUAUUCAACAAAAGAUUUUGUUAUGUGCCGACAUUUCUACAGAUGUUUAAUGGAGGUCACUUGAGACUUUUAAUUUACUUUCCUUAAAAAAAUACAUGGAUGUAAACCCGCAAGUCACCGUAUAAGGUACACUUGAACAUUCUGAUGUGAUUCAAUAAAUCAUCUCUGACACACCUUGAAUAUGUUCAUCUUUGACUGAGGCUGUCAAAGAGAUAUCUAUUCAACAUUAGCAGUUGCUAGGGAUUUAGACCACAAUACAGUGAGAGGUGUUUUGAACGUUUCUAUUCAAAACACAAGAUGGGAACGAUACAUAAAAUAUUGUCUUUUCCAAAACUUCCUCUAAAAAAACAUCCAUUAAAUAGAAAAAAAACAGCUGACUUUUGGCAAGUUUAUCCAUGUCGCACAUUUCAGUCAGACAAUUUAGAUUGCUUCACAUGAAUAUUCAAAGCAUCAUCACAAAGAGUAGCAAAACACUGACAAACAUUAAAACAUGCCAUCAAGUGGGCUACAAGUUAGCUUAAAAUCAAAUAGUGCACCUCAAAAACAGAGGCUGUAGUCUUCAGUACUGUUUCUGCUUGUGGAAGAGUUUUCAUGUGAGUGAUAAUCAAAGUUAAAGAAUGUUUUUCUUGCACUACAAACAUUGAUACUUAAACCUAAGGACUGCCUUUGUCUUUUGCCUAUAUAUAAAGUCAAUGAGUACUUUUACCUGACAGAGAACUUUUUCUCAAGUACACCUUCUUUGAGUUCAGAAUAUUGUGAGUCCAAACUCACAGCAAUUGUUGUAUUACCAGAAAUGACAAACUUUUUACUGCCCUCUAUGAACUCCCACCGACCCACUGUCAAACCUCUGACAGAUCUUUGACAUGUGUUAAUGUAGCACCAUAAAAAUGACACCACUACAUUGUGUCUCUGACUGUAAUCCAUUACACUUGGGCUUACUAGCACCCUUAGAUUACCUAAGGAAACUAGAAACCAUUGUGUUGCUGGGAAGUCCAUCUAUGUCAUCUAUGUCUAUCCUUGUAUGGAUGGAGGGAGCCCUGUAGAAGUCUAAGGUUGCACUGCUUUUGUGUGGUUUUGCUUGCUAAGGGUGAGGGAAAGAGAAAACUGUCCACUUUCUUGUCACGAGUGUGUUUCUCCAUACAAAGGUCUGCUAGUUAUUGUACACGGGGGAUAUUUUUAGCAGCUUUUGUCUGUUUUGCGGGAUUUACCGUUAGGAAUGUUUUUAUGCGUUGCAGCAGCUGUUGCCCUUCCCCUUGAAAAUCUGAGUCUCUUCAUACCACCUUCCCUGCAGAGCAGUGAUUACCUCUGCUUUACAUCCUCCUUUUGCUGUCAUCAAGCAAUCACUAAGAUACAACUGUUUUCAGUAGGAAUCAGUUUCAGUUUUUCCUUGUUCUCUGUAAGCAGGUUUUUCUGUUUUACUCUGUAAAUUGGAAAUAUCCUUAUGCCACCCUGCCCAAUAAAACACUACCUCUUUCUUGAGCACAAACCAA